AUGAAAACUAAAGACGAAGGAAUUAAAUCGCUCGUGGAAGAAGUGAAUAAAUUACACCAAACUUUAAAUUAUCUUCAACUUGAAAACGAGAGCAUGAGGCAGCGGUUGAAAAUUCCUAAAAAUAAAAAGAUUGAAGCUACAGGAAUUUUAAAGGACUACUAUGACAUGAAGCAAACACACUUUAAAGUGGCACGCAAAAUAGAAGACAAUGAGAAGAAAUUAUUGACAAUUGAAGUUGAGAGUCGUAUAAAAGAUGAAAAAAUAGCAAAGCUAACAAAUUGUCUACAAAGUUUGGGUUACUCUGAGGAAAAAGGCGCCAUUUUGAAUAAUGAUUGUGAUAUUCUCUUAAAUGUGGAGGGUAGUUUCGAUAAAGAGGCAACGGUUGGUGCUGAAAAGCCCGCAAUAGAUUUCCAUGAUAAAAAUGAUUACAAAUCAAUCCUUGAAGAAAAUGAAGGCUUACGAUUAAGUCUUACAGAAAUUUUGAGCUGUUUAAAAGACAAUAGUACCACAUCUUCUGGGAUCCUUAAGCUAGAAUGUCCGAGCCUGGACUCAGUAUUGCAAUCAAUGGAAGCUCGAAAAACAGCGGGAUGGUUUGCCCCACAUAUGAAGACUAUUGUAGAGCUAAGAAGUGCGAUGGGAGGAAGAGAUGCACUUUUAACUGCAUUACAUCAGUCAAGAAAAGAAACUUAUGAAGUUAUGACCCAGUUAUCGGAAGAAACAAAAAAAACUUUACAUCUAGAAAAAGAAUUAAAGCAACUACAAACUCAGGUCAAAAGUAAAGAGGAUAACAACGACGAAAGCUGCUCAUUUAGUUUUAGUGAUGGUCAAUCUAAAUUAAAUGACAGUCAUUUGUCAAAUUUAGAAAUUUCAAUAGUCCAAAAGCAAGUAGUUGUAUUAACAGGUGAGCUUGAUGUCAAAGAAAAAGAAAUACAAAAGUUAAAAACGUCUUUAUUUGACCUUCAAAAAUCUCAAAAUGAACUAAUAAACAAAUUGUCAUUGACAAUACCUAGAGAAGAAGUGAUUUUUAUGAAGGACAAUCUUAAACAAUUAACAGAUGAAAAUAAGGCAGUUAAAGACCGCUGCACGGAUUUAAUGUGUAAGCUUGACGUCGCAUCUACUCAGUUACAAGCAUUCAGUCAGAGACAAUUAAGCGUGGAAACAGAAAUCGACUUACUAAGACAUCAAAUUCUUGAUUUACAAUCAAGUCAAAAUAAGGUUUCAGUGUCAAGGUUAAGUACCGAAUUACUAAUAGCACACUUGCAAGCUACAGAAACUUUUCAAAGAAUGGAAUCUCUAAAAUUAGCACUAAAUAAAGAAAGACAGACGAGAUUGGACACUGAAGAUAUGUUACAGAAGCAGCAGAAAAUUUUUGAUAUCUAUCUUAAUCGUAAUAACAACAAAUUCAGAAAUAUUUUUGAAGUUAUGGAAAUUUUGAGAGAGCAAUAUCAAGGUAUUAUACCUCUUAUCUGUUUAGAAAGCUAUUCAAAUAAUCUUGAUGAAAUGAUAAAUAAAAACAAUGAAAUCAGUCAAAAACUAAAUGAAAUUGACAAUGAUCGCAAUAUUUUAAUGAUGAAACAUGCAGUUUUUGAUCAAAUCUUAAACUAUUCAAAAACAAAAUGCCCGGAGGAGCAAGAUGGUUGUCCCCACCAAAUAAGAUUGAACAUGUCGGAGAGAAUGAAACAGGUUGAAACAAAGCAUUACGUUAAGAAAAUAGAUACUAUAGAACAAUCACGAAAAAUGUUAAUUCAGCAAUAUCAUAAUUUAGAGAAGAGCUUUCUUUUCGUAAAUCAAGCCUAUAAAAAGACACAAAAACGAUUAUCUCACAAUUCAGAUGGUUCUGUAAACGUUGAAGAUUUGCAAUCGGAUACCGACUCAAAUGAAGGUAAUGAAACAUAUACGUUGUCCCAAGAGAAUCAGAUCAAAGCGUCAGCUCCUCAAAAAGAACAAGAUUUUUCAAAAACAAUUGAACGAGAAAGAUUUAUUAAAACACAUACCGUAUUUACACAGACUGAUGUUAGUGUAGAUAAAAGGAUGAAUAAAGAAACUCAAUCGGAAGAAGAUCGGUCUAUAAAAGAUUUACAAAAACAUUUAGAUUUAUUAAGAAAAGAUAAAGCCCUACAGGACCAAAAAUUUAAUGAAAUUCUACUCUCCUGCCACAAGCAAACUGAACACAUACAUCACUUAAAUAGAAUCGACAUAGAAUUAACAAGUGAAAAUGUUGACCUGAAAAAAAAGGUUGAAAAUUUAAUGGAUUUAAGUAAACAGAAAGAUAACUUAAACGAGAUUCUAAAUAAUACAAAUGAGACACUAAAAAAAGAAAUGAUUGAUUUAAAAAAUAAACAAAAUAUUCAAACUCGUCGGGACAAUGAAACUAGCGAAGAAGCGAAAUCUUUAUUGCUAACUAUUAAAAAAACAGAAGUGGACAAAAACUUUGUCAUUGACGAAUACAAGAAACUCUUAAAUGACGAACGAGAAGAGUUUGCGAAAUCUAUAUACGAAUAUCAGACAAAAAUUGCUACCUUACAGUCUCAGUUAGAUAAGGCCGGAAGCAAUAUUGACGCAUCAACUUCAGAAGAAGUAAACAGUAAAACGCAUGAAAAGUUAAUAACAAAGAUUACAGAGUACGAAGACAAGUGUUUUAAGUUAAAACACGAUUUGGAGACAUGCGAAUCUGAUUUGCAAGCUAGCAGAAGCGAAUUAGAUCGUUGGAAGAACUUAGCUUCUGAACGACUGACAAAAAUGGAACAACUAAGCACUCAACUUAAGGAGAGACAUAAUCAAGAAGUAGAGUCUUAUAAAGCCGAAAAUGAACACUGGCUUGUACAACUCAACGAAACUCAACGUGAGCACGCCGAUUUAAGAUCAAGACUGACGGAACAGAAAGCUUUGCAUAUCAAACAGUUGAACGAAAAAGAUGCACAUAUUGAACACUUGCGUUCUAUAAUAAAUAAUUUAAAGACUCAAAUAAUGAACAUGCAAACGAUGCUAACUAUAAAUGAUCCAAGCUUUGACCUGUCCGCGAUAGUGGAAGUAGAGGAAGGAAGUGAUGCUAUUUCUCAUCAGGAUUCAGAUAGGCUUGAGAUAAAAUUUGAGUCAACAGGCGAUCUCAACGAUUUUACAGAUGACAUCGGCAAGUUUCCCAGUAGUUCGACCGCUAUUUGGCAAGAACCUUUGAUAGAGAGACUUCGAAGAGAAAAGCAACAGAUAAGUAAACAAAAUGCAAUAUUACGUAAACAAAUCAAAGCUCUGGCUGGCCGUGAGAGACGAGCUCGGCUUGAUGCACAAAACUUAAAAAAUCAAGUAUUUAGAAUUAGCACAUCGGGUCACAAAGUACCGUCAGUUGAGUCGGCAGCUCUUCAAAACAAAAUCGCGUCUUUACAAGCGCAACUGACGAGUGCCCGUAGAGACGCUCAUUCUACUGUUGCACUUUGGGAUAAGUGGAAGAGGGCACAACAAUCGUCCGAACAUUGGCAAGCAAAAUAUGAAGAGAAGUGUCAAGAAGUGAUAACACUGGAAUCUAGCUUGAAUCUCACCAAAUCAGCUAUCCAACGAUUAGAAAAAGAAAAACGAACGCUCCUUAUUCGACUUCCAGAAACCAAAAGUGCAAGGAAUUCAACCAUAGAGAAACAUGACGCGGAAUUAUCAGAGAAAUCUUCAUUGGUUAAACACGAUUAUUGCGAUUCUCCACCGCCCUUAUCCACCAAAUCUCUGCUCGAGCGCAUUGAAGCUCAACAACGAAGAAUCGUCGCUCUGGAGUUUGCUGAAAAAGGCAACGAACCUCUGGUGUCCGAAUACGAAAAGUCAUUGGCUGAAGUAAUAUCUCUUAAGGGGCAAGUUAUAAAGCUCGAAUCUGCAUUACUCGAAGCGCAAAUUAAGAGUCCACUACAAUCUAGUCACGAUAAAAAUCACCCCGAUCUCGAAUAUUGGAAAAGCUACUGUGAAAUGCUAAAAGAAGAAAAUAUGCAGUUGACUCUAAGGGUUACCUCUUUGGAAAGUUCACCUUCACCAAUGCCCCAACAACGAGUCAAUGAUUUGGAGCAGACAGUCCUUACACUAAGAGGUUUGGUAAGUAAGCUACAGGCUGAAAAGUCAUCUAAUACAGGUCACAGAAAACCUGACUCUCGACCUACCAGUGGACGAAGUAGCGCGGACAAAACCCGAAAUGCCAGCAUAGACAUGUACAAGAUAGAAAUUUCAAACCUAAAGCGAAGUAUACAAGAUAAAGACUUACUCUUAGAGAAGUCUAAGGAAAUGCUAAAGAUCGCUGCGGAAAGAGAAGAAGAUUUAUUAAGAGAGAAUACGAUGUUACGACGUCGUCUGGAGCAACUAAAGGAACACAAGCGUGAAUUGUUUUCAGCGUAA